UUUCGCCCGUUUUCUGUCAUCUCGAAGGCGAAGCGGAGAAAACAUUCUUCCAUUCAUCACGAGAACGAGGCACUCGCGGUGUGAAGAAGCCAUCGUCCCCGGGAAGUGAUAUUGAUUGAAGAAGUUUGUGCGCAGCAGAACAGCAGAAAAAAAAGGAAGGCAGACAAGAUGAUGUCCUUACCGGGAAGUAUCGCCUUCGAUGAGUACGGGAGACCGUUUAUCAUCCUGCGGGACCAGGAAAACCAGAAGCGACUCACCGGCAACGAAGCCAUCAAGAGUCACAUCCAGGCAGCGAAGCAGAUCGCUCACAUCAUCCGGACCUCGCUAGGACCGAAAGGGCUGGACAAGAUGAUGGUCAGCGGAGAUGGCGAAGUGACCGUGACCAAUGACGGAGCUACGAUCCUAAAGCUGAUGGAUGUGGAUCACGAAAUCGGCAAGCUGAUGGUGCAACUCAGUCAGUCACAGGACGACGAAAUCGGUGACGGAACGACCGGAGUUGUGGUGUUGGCCGGAGCUCUGCUGGAACAGGCCGAGUCCCUGUUGGACCGCGGUAUUCACCCGAUUCGUAUUGCCGAUGGUUUCGAGCUGGCUGCUCAGUGCGCCAUCAAGCAUCUGGAUUCGGUUGCCGAGCCGUUCCCGAUCUCUCGGGAUAACAAGGAACCGCUGAUUGAGGUGGCAAUGACGACCUUGGGAAGUAAGAUCGUGAACAAGUGUCACCGACAGAUGGCAGAGAUUGCCGUUGAUGCCGUGCUGACCGUCGCCGAUCUGGAGAAGAAGGAUGUCAACUUCGAGCUGAUCAAGCUGGAGUGCAAAGUCGGAGGACGCAUGGAGGACACUUGCCUGGUGAAGGGCGUCGUGGUUGAUAAGACCAUGUCGCACUCGCAGAUGCCCAAGACGUUGAAGGACGUCAAGCUGGCCAUCCUGACCUGCCCGUUCGAACCACCAAAGCCCAAGACCAAGCAUAAGUUGGACGUUACCUCGGCCGAGGAUUACCGCAAGCUGCGCGAGUACGAGCAGGAGAAGUUCUUGACCAUGGUCAAGCAGGUCAAGGAUGCCGGCGCCACUCUGGCCAUCUGUCAGUGGGGCUUCGAUGAUGAGGCAAACCAUUUGCUGCUGCAGCAGGAACUGCCGGCAGUUCGUUGGGUUGGCGGUCCGGAAAUUGAACUGAUUGCCAUCGCCACCGGUGGACGUAUUGUGCCGCGCUUCGAAGAACUGACCGCUGACAAGCUGGGUCAUGCUGGAUUAGUGCGGGAGUUGAGCUUCGGAACAACCAAGGACAAGAUGUUGGUCAUUGAGGAAUGCCAGAAUACUCGCGCCGUCACCGUUCUGAUCCGGGGAGGCAACCAGAUGGUCACUGCCGAAGCCAAGCGAUCAAUCCACGAUGCCCUGUGCGUGGUCCGUUCCCUCAUCCAGGAUUCCCGUAUCGUGUACGGAGGUGGUGCUGCGGAAAUCAGCUGCUCGUUGGCCGUUGCCCGGGAAGCCGACCAGUUGUCCACUCUGGAGCAGUAUGCUUUCCGUGCGUUCAGCGUCGCCCUGGAAUCGGUGCCGUUGGCCCUGGCCGAGAACAGUGGUCUGCUGCCCAUCGAAACCCUGUCCGAGCUGAAAUCUCGUCACGUUGCGGAAAGCACCUCCACGUUGGGAGUGGAUUGCAUGCUGACUGGCAAUUCGGACAUGAAGGAGCACCAUGUGAUCGAAUCGUUGCACUCGAAGAAGCAGCAGAUCAUCUUGGCCACGCAGCUCGUGAAGAUGAUCCUGAAGAUCGACGACGUCCGAUCGCCAGCCGAUAAGAUAUCAAUGUAAGGACCAGGUGUUUAAGCAACCAUGAGAUCAAAACACUAAUAAUUUACUAACUAACUCGGCUAAGUCAGACAGGUUCCCAUUAUAGAUCUUCUAGGUUGGACGGGUUUCGUUCAUGCUAAGCGCAUUUGCACUUACUCUCACACUCAAACCGCGCAUUACAUUACACCACCAACAACCAAUCAACCAAUAAAUACGUGAUUAUGCUUUUGAACGUAAGGAAA